AUGGACCAUCAAAUGAGAAAGAUUCUGAAGAAAAGAAAAAGGAAACAGCAUCUUCAUCACAAAAUAGUCCUGAAGCACGAGAAGAAAGCAGUUCCAGUAGUAACUCAAGCAGCAAGAGAGAGGAAGCUAAUGCUUCCUCAGAAACUUUUAUCUCUUCUUUUCCUCGGGCUCCAAGUACAUCUGAUUCUGUACGAGUGAAAUGCAGAGAAAUGUUGGCUGCAGCUCUUCGCACAGGAGAUGAUUACAUUGCAAUUGGCACUGAUGAGGAAGAGCUAGGUUCUCAGAUUGAAGAAGCUAUAUUUCAGGAGCUAAAAAACACUGACAUGAAAUAUAAAAAUAGGGUGCGCAGCAGGAUAGCAAAUCUUAAAGACACAAAGAAUCCUAAUCUAAGGAAAAAUGUUUUAUGUGGCAAUAUACCUCCUGACAGGUUUGCCAAAAUGACAGCUGAGGAAAUGGCAAGUGAUGAACUAAAAGAAAUGCGGAAAAAUCUAACAAAAGAAGCCAUAAGAGAGCAUCAGAUGGCUAAAACAGGAGGCACCCAGACUGAUCUAUUUACAUGUGGUAAAUGUAAAAAGAAGAACUGCACUUACACACAGGUUCAAACCCGAAGUGCUGAUGAGCCUAUGACAACAUUUGUUGUGUGUAAUGAAUGUGGGAACAGAUGGAAGUUCUGCUAGAAGAAGAAAUUGUUGACAUCUGGACCAGUAUGAAAAGAGGAUUUUAUAAUUAGCUUUAAGAACUAGGUCAAGCAUCUAGUUUCCCGCAAAAGGCUUUUCUCCCCAGUUCUUUUAAGCAGAUAUCUUUAAAGUUAGAUUUUGUUUUUGAUGCUGCCAUCUCUGUAGUGAAUAGUCAGCAGAGCCAGGAUGCUUGAUUGUAUGGUGUAAUUUCAAAUAAAAGUUUUUUUCAUUUUUAUAAGCAAGUCUACAUUAAACUUUUAUCAAUGACAUUUGGGUAACUGCUUUUUUUAACUCUGUGAAUGAGCUGUAUGUCUUUGCACUCAGCAUAUCUUGCUGAAAUAUAAUGGUGUUCACAAUAGCGUACUUCUAUUGAACCAUUUUGGUGUGUUAGGGCAAAUAUUUUCACUUUAUACUAUGUAUAAUGUAAUACCUAAAUGACAGUUGGAAUAUCUAAAUGACAAUUGGCGUGGGUGGCCUGGUUGUAUAAACUAUUUCUGCAUUUGGCCCUUAAAUGCUAAUAAUGAAACUGAUGUUUUGUAACACAAAUGUCCUAUCUCAAGAUCUUACAAAGUUUAUGUAACUUGCAUUGAUUUGUCCAGUUUAUUGUGCAGCUCUAAAGCAUGUGUGCUGUUUUCUAGUCCUUAUUUCUGAAGAAAUUCCUACAUGGUUAGUUUGACCUUACAGCUUUGUUUCCUUUAUAUGCUUGAUGCCAUCAUUACCUUAGGACUUUGUCAACAAACAAAGAUGCCUAGAGAUUUAAAACCAAUCUAUCCAUUUAUAUAGGUAUUGGUUCCUGUGAACUGUUAAUGACGAUCAGUUUUACAUGUAGAUCACCGAUUGCCAGACC